AAUUUAAGCAUGUCAAACACUAAUAACGUACUCUUUUUGACUGGUGGUGUGGUUAGUGGCAUAGGACUACUCUGUGGUAUAUAUAUGUUGAGUCAACGAUUCGGACAAACUCAUAAGUCUAGUAAAGGCAAUACUUCCACAAAAAAACCAGUGAAUUCUAGUAUAGAAAUAGAAGACGCGACUCACUUUCAUAUUAAUAAUAAAGAAAGUCAAAAUCUUCUUAAUUUACUGUAUUCAAUCGCAGAAGAUCAGGCUCGUAAAGUUGACCAGGUUGAGCUUGAAGCUCUUUAUGAUCAAUUUAGGUCACUGGCAACUGUUACCCAUGGGGAGGGUGGAAUCGACAAGAGUACAUUUGAACAGUGUUUGGGUCCGUUGAGCGCCGAACAGAAUUUAGUCACUGAACGGAUUUUUCAAUUCUUCGAUCAGGAUGGUGAUAAUGUUAUAAAUUUCAGCGAAUUGGUUAUCGGCCUUUCAAUACUCUGUAAAGGAAAUCUUGAAGAGAAAAUCAAGUGUGCGUUCAAAGGUUAUGACCUUAAUGGUGAUGGUUUUAUUAGCCGUGAUGAAUUGCAACAAAUUUUCAAAGCUUACUUUCAUAUCUCGACAGAGUUAAUUAGAGAUAUUGUAAAGGCGAUGGAGGAAGAGGUGUUAGAAAAUUAUGACUCCAAACCUAGCCAACCAGUGGCAACAGCUUUUCAUGCCGCAAUCCCUUCUGAAAAUAACAUCCAAUAUAUUAAUCAAAAAUCGCAAACGGAAGCGGAUAAUGACACGAUAACGUGGCAGGAAAAAACGCCGGUGGUGGAAUGUCUGGGUCAAGACGCCAUAGAAGAAAUUGUUGAAAAGAUAUUUACUUCGAUUAAUACAAAUACUAAAGAUUAUAUUUCUUAUGAUGAAUUUAAAGAAUAUGUUCAAAGGGACCGCUCAAUUAUAGCUUGGUUCGACGUCUUUGGCAGGUAA